AUGGAGAGGGGAUGGAGAGGGAACGAAGAGGGGAUGGAGAGGGGAGGGAAGGGGUUUCAAGGAAUAGGAAGGAGGUGGUUUGGUGGUAGGAGAGGAGAGGAGAGGGGAGGGGAGGGGAGGGGAGGGGAGGGGAGGGGAGGGGGAAAAUGGAGAGAAGAGGGGGUGGGAGGAGAUGAGGAAGAGGAGAGGGUGGGAGGAGAUGAGGAAGAGGAGAGGGUGGGAGGAGAUGAGGAAGAGGAGAGGGUGGGAGGAGAUGAGGAAGAGGAGAGGGUGGGAGGAGCUGAGGAAGAGGAGAGGGUGGGAGGAGAUGAGGAAGAGGAGAGGGUGGGAGGAGAUGAGGAAGAGGAGAGGGUGGGAGGAGAUGAGGAAGAGGAGAGGGUGGGAGGAGAUGAGGAAGAGGAGAGGGUGGGAGGAGAUGAGGAAGAGGAGAGGGUGGGAGGAGAUGAGGAAGAGGAGAGGGUGGGAGGAGAUGAGGAAGAGGAGAGGGUGGGAGGAGAUGAGGAAGAGGAGGGGGUGGGAGGAGAUGAGGAAGAGGAGAGGGUGGGAGGAGAUGAAGAAGAGGAGAGGGUGGGAGGAGAUGAGGAAGAGGAGAGGGUGGGAGGAGAUGAGGAAGAGGAGAGGGUGGGAGGAGCUGAGGAAGAGGAGAGGGUGGGAGGAGAUGAGGAAGAGGAGAGGGUGGGAGGAUAUGAGGAAGAGGAGAGGAUGCGAGGAGAUGAGGAAGAGGAGAGGGUGGGAGGAGAUGAGGAAGAGGAGAGGGUGGGAGGAGAUGAGGAAGAGGAGAGGGUGGGAGGAGAUGAGGAAGAGGAGGGGGUGGGAGGAGAUGAGGAAGAGGAGAGGGUGGGAGGAGAUGAGGAAGAGGAGAGGGUGGGAGGAGAUGAGGAAGAGGAGAGGGUGGGAGGAGAUGAGGAAGAGGAGAGGGUGGGAGGAGAUGAGGAAGAGGAGAGGGUGGGAGGAGAUGAGGAAGAGGAGAGGGUGGGAGGAGCUGAGGAAGAGGAGAGGGUGGGAGGAGAUGAGGAAGAGGAGAGGGUGGGAGGAGAUGAGGAAGAGGAGAGGGUGGGAGGAGAUGAGGAAGAGGAGAGGGUGGGAGGAGAUGAGGAAGAGGAGAGGGUGGGAGGAGAUGAGGAAGAGGAGAGGGUGGGAGGAGAUGAGGAAGAGGAGAGGGUGGGAGGAGAUGAGGAAGAGGAGAGGGUGGGAGGAGAUGAGGAAGAGGAGGGGGUGGGAGGAGAUGAGGAAGAGGAGAGGGUGGGAGGAGAUGAGGAAGAGGAGAGGGUGGGAGGAGAUGAGGAAGAGGAGAGGGUGGGAGGAGAUGAGGAAGAGGAGGGGGUGGGAGGAGAUGAGGAAGAGGAGAGGGUGGGAGGAGAUGAGGAAGAGGAGAGGGUGGGAGGAGAUGAGGAAGAGGAGAGGGUGGGAGGAGAUGAGGAAGAGGAGAGGGUGGGAGGAGAUGAGGAAGAGGAGAGGGUGGGAGGAGAUGAGGAAGAGGAGAGGGUGGGAGGAGAUGAGGAAGAGGAGAGGGUGGGAGGAGAUGAGGAAGAGGAGAGGGUGGGAGGAGAUGAGGAAGAGGAGAGGGUGGGAGGAGAUGAGGAAGAGGAGAGGGUGGGAGGAGAUGAGGAAGAGGAGAGGGUGGGAGGAGAUGAGGAAGAGGAGAGGGUGGGAGGAGAUGAGGAAGAGGAGAGGGUGGGAGGAGAUGAGGAAGAGGAGAGGGUGGGAGGAGAUGAGGAAGAGGAGAGGGUGGGAGGAGAUGAGGAAGAGGAGAGGGUGGGAGGAGAUGAGGAAGAGGAGAGGGUGGGAGGAGAUGAGGAAGAGGAGGGGGUGGGAGGAGAUGAGGAAGAGGAGAGGGUGGGAGGAGAUGAGGAAGAGGAGAGGGUGGGAGGAGAUGAGGAAGAGGAGAGGGUGGGAGGAGAUGAGGAAGAGGAGGGGGUGGGAGGAGAUGAGGAAGAGGAGAGGGUGGGAGGAGAUGAGGAAGAGGAGAGGGUGGGAGGAGAUGAGGAAGAGGAGAGGGUGGGAGGAGAUGAGGAAGAGGAGAGGGUGGGAGGAGAUGAGGAAGAGGAGAGGGUGGGAGGAGAUGAGGAAGAGGAGAGGGUGGGAGGAGAUGAGGAAGAGGAGAGGGUGGGAGGAGAUGAGGAAGAGGAGAGGGUGGGAGGAGAUGAGGAAGAGGAGAGGGUGGGAGGAGAUGAGGAAGAGGAGGGGGUGGGAGGAGAUGAGGAAGAGGAGAGGGUGGGAGGAGAUGAGGAAGAGGAGAGGGUGGGAGGAGAUGAGGAAGAGGAGAGGGUGGGAGGAGAUGAGGAAGAUGAGAGGCUCUCUCCCGCCGCAAACGAUAUGUGCGGACCGCACCUCCCCUCUCUGUACCUGGAUGGGCUUGAUGCCUUUCUGCUGGAGUUUAUCAGCCCGCCACGCCACUGCCAGGUACCCCAUGCGGUACGGCACUGCAUACACCUUGCCCCUCACCGCCCCCUCCCCGCCCUCCCUGCCGCUGCUGCCGCUGGUUGUGGUGGUGGUGGUGGUGGUGGUGGGCGGGCCAGGGAGAGUUAG